UUGGGCGACCAACACUCUCGUUCUUAAAACGAAGUGUGGACAGACGUAUCGCAUACCUUUCAUAGGUACCACUGCGACACCCCACCCCGACCCUCCUUCCCCGAAGCCUUCCAUGCCCACAACAUCUCCUACGAUCACUGUCACCUCGGCUCGGCAGUUCGCUCACUUCAUCCGACAGGACGACGUCACCUUCUUUAUGGUGAACGUUACGGAUCUCUUACACUAUGAUCCACACGGUCCCGACGCCGAGCUCAUUCCUCUGGAGCCAGAUCCUCCUCCUAUCUCCAUGGCUCCCAUCUCUACUUCCCACCCUCCGUCGUCCGUCGAGUCCACCCCCUCGUCGCGCGCCGAUGCUGACGCUGAGGAACUCGCACGCUAUAUGGCCGACCUGGAGCCCGCAGUUCGUGACCUCAUUCGAGAGUACCACAACGUUUUCCCAUCGUGGUUCCCGUACGCCGGCAUCCCACCGAUGCGCGACGUCAAGAACCCCAUCCAACUUGUGCCUGACUAUCGUGUUCAUCACCAGACACCCUACAGGCUCUUGAUCCCCGAGGCCACCGAACUCAAGCGUCAGAUUGAGGAGCUUCUGAGACUGGGUUUCAUUAAACCCAGCAACUCCCCGUGGGGUGCACCCGUCCUCUUUGCUCGCAAAGCGGAUGAAACUCUCCGUCUCUGCGUCGACUAUUGCGGUCUAAACCGCUACACGGUUAAGAACAACUACCCCAUGCCUCGUUCCGACGAGCUGUUCGACCGCCUAGCAGGCAACCGCUUCUUUACGAAGAUUGAUCUUCGUAGUGGUUACCAUCAAAUCCGCGUCGCUGCAGCGGACCAGCCGAAGACAGCGUUCCGAUCGCGCUUCGGCCACUAUGAGUUUACGGUGAUGCCAUUCGGCCUCACCAACGCACCCGCUACCUUUCAGAGGGCGAUGAACGACAUCUUCAGGGACAUUUUGGAACAGUACGUUCUCGUCUACCUCGACGAUAUCUUGGUCUACAGUCGUACCCUUGAGGAGCAUCUCAGACACCUCCGCGACGUCCUUGAUCGCUUGCGCAGACAUGGCUUCUGCGCCAAACUGAGCAAGUGCCGCUUUGCCCAGCAGAAAGUGGAUUUCUUAGGACACUACGUGUGUGACCAGGGCUUUUAUGACAAAGCCGAAGCUCACUCCUCGACAGGCUCGCUGGUGGCGUCACUAUUCGAGUUUAGUUUCACCACUGAGCACAUCAAGGGUGAGAUUAAUCGGGUCGUAGAUGCCUUAUCCCGGCGCCCCGACCAUGAUAUGGAGCAGAUCCAGCUCACUGCCAUCUCGGUCACCACCGUCCACCACUCGGUGACCGACGAGUUUCGCACUCAGUACCGCCUCUGCCCCGACUAUCGCGACAUCCAUGCAACUCUUCGGAGUGGCAAGACCGUCCCGAACUACUCUCUCGGGGACAACGGUCUUGUGUACAGGCACGGUUCACAGGGCACCAGAGAGCCCCGUACCUGCGUUCCCUCCACUGGACAGCUACGCGUCCGGGCACUAGCAGAGUUCCAUGACCAGGCAGUCGCUGGUCAUAUGGGCUUCCACAAGACGUUUGCUCGUGUGAGCUGCCUGUACAGCUGGCUUCGCAAGAACUUUGUGAAGGACUACGUCGCAGAGUGUCCCACUUGUCAGGAGGUGAACAGUGCGAACCACCUACCUUAUGUUUUUCUCCACCCUCUUCCUAUUCCUGAGGGUCGUUGGCAGUCCAUCUCGAUGGACUUUAUCGGUCCUCUUCAUCCUCCGACCCUCCGCGGUCAUGAUGCUAUCCUAGUCGUCGUCGACCGCUUCACGAAGCGCGCACGCUUUGUUUUGUGCCACUAUGCCAUCAGUGCACGUGAGUUCAUCGACAUCGUGUUUGACCGAGUCGUGCGAGACCACGGCUUACCUCUGAGUAUCAUAUCUGACCGUGACCCGCGCUUUACCAGCCGAUUCUGGCGACGGCUCCACGAGGUGUACGACACCCAGCUCCGCUUCUCCUCGUAUUACCAUCCCCAGACUAAUGGUCAGACCGAGGUCACGAACAGGACUCUCGGAGACAUCCUCCGAAAGAUUGUUCGUAACGACCAGCAGUGGGAUCUCCAUCUUGCCCACGCGGAGAUAACCUACAACCACGCCGUCUCGCCAGCCACGGGGAUAUCGCCUUACUAUUGCGACCUCGGCUAUCACCCUCGUGUUCCCGCGAACUCCCUUCGACCGUCAUAGAUGCAUCCUGCCACGAGUUGUCCCGCGCUGGAUGAUUGGGUUGCACACAUGACGUCAAUCAUGAAGACCGCGCAUGAGCACAUAGU